AUGCCUCUCCCAUCGUUCUUGAAGGUUUUUAACAUAGGGAGUACCUCAUCACAAUUUGAGCGUACUCCGAAUGAUUCUGAGUAUCCUCAAGAUAUCAUCCCCGAAACUCCGCAUCCUCCAAUUGCCAGCGGAACGAAAAAGCAAAAGUUUCCCAAAAUUACCCAAAACGUAUCGCCGCCAAUCCCAGAAACCAAUGGUACCGUGACACCUCCAGAUUCAGACGCAGCGAAUUCCUCCAAGCGCAAGCGAGAGGCUGAGCCGGAGCGGAAGAAAAAGAACAAGAAUCGUAAGACGGACAAAGUUGUCGUCGAAGAGCCAACCAAUGACUCUUCCAACGCACCGGCUUUUGAAAUCCCGUCAACUCUGAACCAGCCUACGCCACCAAAGCAAAAGAAGGCUCGCAAGCAAAAGAACAAUGCGCAAUCUCCCACUACUCCCAUUGCUCGGCCCGUGGCGGAUAUCCCACUUGCUGAGGAAUCGGAUGAAAAGCCAGCCAUUGGCGCAAGAUCAGCCCCAGGCACCCCCAAACACGAUGGCAGCCUCACGCCAGGAGGCCGAUCCAAAGUGCCCAGAGGCUUCCGGACCAGAGAGAAGGACAGCCUGAAAAUCGGUUUCUACACGCCAGAGGAGGUGGAGAAAAUCGAAACCUUCAAAAUCAAUUUUUGCACCUUGCAUAACCUUCCUAGCACUACUUUUGACGAAAUGGUACAACACUCCGAGCGUGGCGGCAAUGGUGAUUUCCCCGUGUCUACGGAAGUGACUACGAAAGGCGACUUUUGGAAUGAGAUCUAUGGUCUUGUUCCGGACCGCGACCGACGAUCUGUGUAUCGCUUCAUGCGCCGGCACUUCCAAGUAUCGGCGCAGAGGGCACAUGACUGGUCGAGAGAACAAGAGGAGGAGCUCAUCAGUCUCGUCGGCCAGCAUGGCCCGAAGUGGACUUAUAUCGGUAGACUCAUUGGCCGAAGUGAUGAUGAUGUCACCCAACGCUGGAAGAAUAAGCUCGAGCACCAAGGCACCAUGAAUCAAGGUGCUUGGGACGAAGAUGAGACACUGACUUUCCUCGAUGCCAUGGAGGCAUCGUGGGUUAACAUGAAGCCGCUUCUUGCGGAGAAGGCAGGAAAGGACUUGUACGACCUCGAUGAGAAACUUGUCGCCUGGGGUAAUGUUAGCCAAGCCAUGGGCUACAGGCGAUCUCGUCAACAGUGCGCGGACAAGUGGCGCAAGAUCGUCAAGCAGGUCAAGACAUUGCGAGCCAAUGGCAUGCCAGAUGCUGUGUUUGAUGUUAAAGCGGCUGUCAAGAAUGUCGCCAAUCGGAAUGGAAGAUUCAAUAGGAAGAGUGCGGUAUUUGUGGACGAAGAGGAUGAAGACAACGAGGACCCAGAAACCACCAAACGGGACCCAGAAAACAACCCAGAACUUGCCAAGGUGUUGUCAAACCUUGGCCAGGCUAGAAAUCAAGCAGAGCCUGAACCUGAGCUGCCUGAUCCCGAGCCCGAAUCAACAAAAAAGUCCAAGAAAUCCAAGUUCAAGCGCAAGCGUGAGGACGCCGCUGUCCAGCUCGACAAGGAACCACAAGCCGAGGUCGGCGAGCCUGAGCUGCCUCCAACUUCCAACAAGUCUAGACUCCAACACACGCAGAAUACUGUUUCUGAUGCCGUUGAGGAACCCACAUCAUCACUUGCAACCAAGAAGACCAAGGCGGAACGUAAGCGUGAGAAGAAAGAGCGGAAAGAGCAGCAGGAGAGAGAGCAUCAAGAGCAGGAGGAGAGAGAGCAGGAGCAAGAAAUAGCUGAAGCCAAAGCAAGAAAAGAUGCAAAGGCUGCACGCAAGGAGGCCAAGCGGCUGCGGAAGGAAGAGGCACGCCUCGCGGCCGAAGCGGAAAGCCCAGAGCCCAAUAAGAAUACUUCUAAUAAGCCUAGACAGGUGGAGACUGGUGAAUCCUCCCGUUCCGCCUCUUCUGAACUGCCUGCAGCGCUGGAUUCAACGGCAGCGGAAUCCGACCAGGAUGGAUCUGACUCGGAUGUUGUGAAUGAGAGCGAUGUGUCGAUGAAAUACGAGUACGACUCGGACGAACAAUAA